GUGUGCGUGUGUGCUGCUGUCAAACACAGCCGGCGGUUCAAUAUAUUUUCUAUAAUUUUUUGCUUGGCAUAUUUAAGUGUUUUUAAACAAUAAAAGUUGUGCUGUUUUUGUUGCGAAGCAUCUAGCUAAAUAGUAUAAUAGUAAAUUAAUAAGUGCUGUGUUUGUGUUAUUGGGAUAUCAAUGUUAGAACCUCUUCAGUCAACGUUUAAAUCUUCUUCUAAGUGAUAUCCCACAAUAAAAACUCCGAUUUCAGAAAACAUGGAUAUAACAGCUCAAAUGCAAGAAUUGACAAAAGAGAUAAAGGAGAUGCGCGCCGAUAUACAACAAAUCAAAGGUUUUAUGGACCGGCAGAACGAAAUAAUAGACGAUCUGAUGAAAGGCCACCAAGAAAUGAUGAAACGUAUGGUGAAGCAAGAGCAAGAAGCUGAAGAAGAAAAGAAUAUACAAAGACCAGUAUUUCCACUAUUGACGCAAGAAGAUUUAGACAAUGCCGAGGCUUUUAUUGGAAUGGAUGAAAGAAAGAAAGAUGAAAUGACACGAUUUCUUAAACCUCUUUUGAUGCCUGUGGGUCUCAAACAAAGACUAGUCUAUGUAUUAUCUGAGGAUAUUAUUUUGAACUACAAUCUCGAAGGUACACAUGGCAAAAAACGCAUGUUGCAGUAUCCAAAACUGUUGAGUGUUCUAUAUAGUGCAACUGACCGCCCCGGCUGGUCUUACAAAUUAUUCUUAGAUGACUUGCGUCGAGGUUUUCAAUUUGGCAAGAAAAAACAUUUUAGACAAAAAUGUCGAACGAACAAAUUAUCCAAACCUUCAAGGAAUCCAUUGUCAAGUGGCCAAGAAGACGAUGAUGAUGAUUCCGAUUACUAAUUACCAGUGACAUUACCCAAAAACCAAUGUACAUUUAAGCAUAAUAUUAAGUUUGUACUUAAGUAAGAAACGAUUAUUAAAACGUUUAAUAAAGACUAAAGAAUAGAAAUUUUAAACAUAAAAUAAUACAA